AUGUCCGAACAACCAACACCACCAUCAAGUGUGCAGCCAACAAGUGCGCAAGCUACAGAAGAGCGCGUCAUCUCUAGCCAAUGGCUUAUGGACAAGCUCAAGAAAAAGUCCCGUGAAACCAGAGAAGAUUACCUCCGUAUCCUCCGUUGCCGAAUCAAAGAAAGCGCCGCAGAAAACAAAUUGCAACAGGCACGCAACACCACAAUCUCCGAGUUCGUACUACAGAAACUUCAAGGUAAAGGCCCGGAACACGAUUUCGAUGCGGCGAGGGAGUAUGAGGUAAUGAUGAGGUGGAAGCUGCUUAUUGACCAGGCUGUCAGUGAUGCUAAGCAUGAGGGGCUGGUGGAGCUGGUGAGGAGGGUUGAGGAGCUCAUGGAUGAGGAUGGGGGAAGUUAG